AUGAAGGUGAUUGGAGUAAGCAUAGGCAUUUCCUUGAUUCUGCUUUUUGUCUUAGCUUUCGUUUCUCUAUGUUGGCUGAGAAAUAGAAAACAGAACCAGCAGGCCAGUUCUGAAGCUCCUUCUACUUUGGAGGUCUUACAUGAGAGGAUAAGUUAUGGAGAUCUUCGAAAUGCAACAGAUGGCUUCUCUUCGAGCAAUUUGAUUGGAACAGGCAGUUUUGGUACUGUGUUUAAAGCAUUAUUACCAGCAGAGAAUAAGGUGGUUGCAGUGAAAGUUCUAAACAUGCAGAGACGUGGAGCCAUGAGGAGCUUUAUGGCAGAAUGUGAAUCCUUGAAAGACAUAAGGCAUCGUAAUCUUGUGAAGCUAUUGACGGCUUGCUCGAGUACUGAUUUCCAAGGGAAUGAUUUCAGAGCUCUCAUCUACGAGUUCAUGCCUAAUGGAAGCUUGGAUGUUUGGCUGCACCCAGAGGAAGUUGAAGAGAUUCAUAGGCCCUCAAGAACUUUAACUCUUUUUGAAAGACUCAACAUUGCAAUAGAUGUGGCUUCUGUCCUGGACUAUCUGCAUGUUCAUUGUCAUGAUCCUAUAGCUCAUUGCGAUCUUAAGCCAAGCAAUGUCCUCUUAGACGAUGACCUAACUGCCCAUGUUAGCGACUUUGGUCUGGCUCGGCUUCUCCUCAAAUUCGACAAAGAAUCCUUCCUCAACCAACUAAGCUCAGGUGGCGUCAGAGGAACCAUUGGUUAUGCUGCACCAGAAUAUGGAAUGGGAGGGCAACCAUCAAUACAUGGCGAUGUGUAUAGCUUUGGGGUUCUCCUUUUGGAAAUGUUCACUGGAAAAAGACCAACCAAUGAAUUAUUUGGAGGAGAUCUUACACUAAACAGCUACACCAAGUCGGCAUUGCCAGAGCGAGUGUUGGAUAUUGCAGACAAAUCGAUUCUUCACACCGGUCUCAGAGUCGGUUUCCCUAUUGCUGAGUGCUUGAGACUGCUUUUGGAGAUGGGACUUAGGUGUUGUGAAGAAUCUCCGACGAACCGGUUGGGAACAAGUGAAGCCACAAAAGAGUUAAUCUCAAUCAGAGAGAGGUUCUUUAAAACCAGAAGAACAUACAGACGUUGA